AGGCAGCAGGAAUGAUUUUAGGGGCAGUAAUACUGAUUAUAUUGAUAGUUGUGUGUUGCAUCAUACCCCUUGUUCGGGGACUGGUCUCAAGACUUGUUGUAAGUGUAACUGGUCAGUUCCCAGUUGUAGAGAUACAAUUGGACCAAGAGAUAUAAAACAUAACCAUGAUCACCUUCCACCCUCACCAGGUACGUGCAUUUCUUUAAUAACAACAGUGUAUAUAUAUAAAUAUUUUGCAUAACAAUGACUUAUAUACUUACUCACGUAGAUAUGGCAACUUGCAUGCUGAAUAAUCCAUAGAUAUAAGAGAUAAUAUGCCUUCAGAUGAUGCCUAAAUUUGCCAUACUAUGUCCCCACAGGUAGAUUAUUGAACAUGGCAGAGGCUAGUUAUGAUGAAUAUGAAGAAAACCAAAUGAAUUUACGAGCUGCACUGGCGUCGUUAGGCCCAUCACUAGGGGUAGGAUGCCCAUAUCUUCCUCCCAGGCACCUACUAGAUCCUGCAGAGGGGCCAAGCAGUGCACCUUCGGGUUGGAGCAAACCUAUGAUGACACCCAGCAGGCAGCCUGAUGAUCAACCACCAUUACCUACUGGGAAGCCACUGUCCAUCUCGUCAUCACCGGGGAACCUCAGUAUCGAUUUCGGCCCAACCAGCACCCCUGCCAGUCCUGAGAAUUCCGAGGAUCGACGACCACCGUCACCCCACCAAUAUAAUUAUCCGCCACCACCCAUUCCAGGCGUACUGGCUAUGUUCAUGGUCAUAGCAGAUGACAUAAAGCUUGAUCUUGCCGAAGCUCAUCAUGUUGCAAAGUUCUUGGCUCAUCCGCUGGAGUCCUAUGAUACCAACGCUGACCUUAAGCCUGAAAUCACCUCUAUGACCACAGCAGUUUAUGCCCAAUUCAUGAAGGGUCUGGCGCACCCCGAGCCACGUCGGUCCUUUGAACGGAUGCGCCGCACCCUGUACAAACGCAAAGUAAAGGCUGGGAAUCGGCAGCUGACCCGAGACAAUCUGGAACUGAGGCAGCAACUUCGGGAUGCACAGCAGACCAUUAUCAACCUACAAGAGCAGGUGGUGCAACUUCGAGAUGCACAGCAGACCAUUAUCGACCUACAAGAGCAGGUGAUGCAGCUGACCGCUGAUCUGCAGCAUAUGGCUCCCUAUACCCAGGGGGGCCCGAACGGAGGGCAGAAUUAUGGACAGAAUUAUGGAGGCUAUUAUUAUUAUUAAUAUAUCAACUUCAACGCCAUAACUGGAUAUAAGGACAAUGCUGAUUAUUGAUGAUUAUGCAUACCUUUGUUAAACAUAUUGGUAGGAUUGUAUACUUUAUGUGACAGUACAAUUACUGUGCAGGAGAGUGCCACAUGGUUACUCCUAUGUUGGUUGUAAUGACGGUCCUUUGACCACUAGAAGAUGUGUUUGCCUGGCAUAGUCCGGGCCUGAUGAAGCUUUUUGUUUGUGUUUGUGUAUGUAUGGGUGUGAAAUACCACCAAUGUAGGGGAUAAAUGCAGUGACCUCGUAACACAAGAUGCUGCUUGGGCAUUGGUAUUUGCCUCUGCUGAGAAAACAGAAUUAGAAAAUCUUGCUACAAAAAAAGUAAGCAACGAGGACGGGUCCUCUUAAGGGAGCCAAGAGGGGGAUCCCUCUUUGUUUUUGUAUAUUCUGUUUUCUGCAUUUUAUUAGUUUAAUAUUUACUCAGACACCACCACAUCUUAUAUUACUCACUUCUACUAUAUGGUGUGUGUUUAAUCUCACGUUUGGUUUAGUGUGCACAAUAUAUAUAUAUAAACUUUUGUCACUUGGGUGAGUUCACAUUUAAGGUGUUUUAGAUUAGUUAUCACCUGCAUAAUCACGUAAUUGAUCCUUUUAGGAUCAAAGGGGGGAAUGUUGUGUAUUAAUCUGCACUAAUCAUAAGAUAAAAUAAAGUUAAUGUUUUAUAAGUUUAAAGUUGUUUUCCCAAAUACUGUUAUAAGAGCAAUUCAAGGCCAAAAAGGAAAAGAAAAAAAACAGAGCAAUGAAUGGAGCCAUUCAAGGCCAGAGAGGAGAAAAGCAGAGCAGUGAGUAUGUGUAACUAUUGCACCUGGCCCCAAUAGGAGUGAAGUCUGCAGGACAACGCAGGGUUGAGGCCCCUUAGUGAUAAGAAAGCACACUCAAUAAAAAUGAAAUAUUUGACAUCUCAAGGUUGCCCAGCUCAGCAAAAUUUGGCCAUACAAAAAGAGUUGUUAUUUUCAAGGCACACGGAGCGGUAAUGGUCCCAGAAAGGGUGAUGCUUUGACUAAGAUACGAGGGGGGAGCAGUAGGCCAGACUGACAUGGCUUGAAGCAAGGGAAAGAUGUGUUCUGACAUGUUUGUGACUAAACCGUCAUAAGUUUCUGAUUUGAAUGCACCAGAUGUUUUCAUGGCCUGAGAGAUUGCUCUCACAAGAAUGAGAUGUGUCUAUGAAUGUCACCGUGUUUUGCAGAUAAAUAUCAAUGUGAC